CAGACGCACGCGAGGAGACGCGAUUAGAAAAUGUAUCAUGCAUUUUUCCCCAUCCAUCUAAAAAAUGAGCGUUUGCACUCGACAAAACGGAGUGUUUAGAACGGUAUAUACGCUCGUUUUCCUCAGGUGUUUCCACCAAAGGAAUAAGAGAUUAGACAUCGGGCUACACCAGCGGUUUUCAGAUUGAUUUAUGAACCAAAGAAGCUGAAGUAAAUGAACUGUUUUUAAUUAUUUUAUACCAUCACUCAUCUAAAUGGAUCGUCUGCGUGUUGCAUGCAUGUUUUAAGUGGAAAUGUUGGGUUGUCUGAGUUUCAAACAUCUGGCAAGAGGAGGAUGUGAAUCUGAACAUAUGAUGUUACUGAUAUUGCAUCAUUAAUUUCAUCUAAACUUCAGAUGAGCAUGAAGGAUCUACCUCCAUACUGACAUGUGUGCUAGCGACCCGGCAUAUUGGUCGAGCAUGCCCACUUUACUGUGUAACUGCAAGAAGAAGAAUGCUUUAUUCCUCCCCUAAUCCACCUGUGGCUUCAGGGCAGCCUAGCACCACCCUGCACUCCCUGCCCAUGCCAUUGACCCAGUCAUUGGGUACAAGAGCCAUGGAGAAUUCCUCCUCAAAAGACAACAGCUCACUGGACUUAAGGACUCUAUCAGAAUAUGGAAUACCUACAUCUGUGUGGCAGGACCCUGUUCAGGGCUUAAACCUGCCCCUUCAGGUCUUCUUCUGUUUGGCCAUCGUCUGCGUGCUGCUGCUAGCCUUCCUCGGCAACAUGGUGGUCUGCGUGAUGGUUUACCAGCGAGCCGCUAUGCGCUCGGCCAUUAACAUCUUGCUGGCCAGUCUUGCCUUUGCCGAUAUGAUGUUAGCGGUCCUUAACAUGCCCUUCGCUCUCGUCACCAUGGUGACCACGCGCUGGAUCUUUGGCGAAGCAUUUUGCCGCGUGUCGGCUAUGUUCUUCUGGAUGUUCGUGAUGGAGGGUGUGGCUAUUUUGCUGAUCAUUAGUGUAGACCGCUUCCUAAUCAUCGUGCAAAAGCAGGAUAAACUCAGUCCACGCAGGGCCAAAAUGUUGAUCGCCAUCUCGUGGUCUCUUUCGUUCUGCCUCUCCUUCCCUCUUUCCGUUGACCAUCCUGCCCUGUACAUCCCCCCCAGAGCACCACAGUGUGUUUUUGGAUACACGGCUGAGCGUGGCUACCAUGCCUACGUGAUGCUAAUCAUGCUUGUUUUCUUCUUUGUACCCUUCCUGGUGAUGCUGUACACAUUCAUGGGUAUCCUAAGUACGCUCCGCCACAACGCACUGCGCAUUCACUCUUACCCCGACUCGAUCUGCCUCAGCCAGGCCAGCAAGCUGGGUCUCAUGAGUCUGCAAAGGCCCUUUCAGAUGAAUGUUGACAUGAGCUUCAAAACACGUGCCUUCACCACAAUCCUCAUUCUUUUCUCUGUGUUCACCGCAUGCUGGGCUCCUUUUGCCACCUACAGCCUGCUGUCCACCUUCAGUCGUACGUUCUACUACAAGCAGAACUUCUUUGAGAUCAGCACGUGGCUGCUGUGGGUCUGCUACCUCAAAUCAGCCCUGAAUCCCCUUAUCUACUACUGGCGUAUCAAGAAGUUUCGUGAAGCCUGCCUUGAUCUAAUGCCCAAGUACUUCAAGUUCCUCCCGCAGUUGCCUGGCCACACUAAGAGACGGAUCCACCCCAGUGCAGUUUACGUGUGUGGGGAGCAUCGCUCUGUGGUGUAACAGGGGACUUGUGUAUUUUUGUAAUUCUUUUGGUACAAUUUUGACAAGCUGUGAAUGAUACGUUUGAUCUUUUUUAAAAGGCAGGAUGUUUUAGCUAUGAGAUUUUACAGAUGGUUUCCAGAGCCUGUACAUUAAACUACUUUAAUUGAAUGAUGUUUUUCAUCUUAAAUGAAUAGUCCAACCAAAAAAAUACAUUUCUCCCAUAAUUUUCUCAACCCUAAACUUGCAUGACUUCUGUAGAACACAAAGAUAUUUUCAUAGAUAUACUGUUUGAUAUGUUUAUAUCCAUACAAUGCAAGCCAAUGGGUUCCAAAUCUGUCAAGCUUCAAAAAGUACAUGAAGGCAGCAUAAAAGUAAUCCAAAUGGCUCGAGUGGUUUAAUCCAUACCCUUUUGAAGAGAUACGAGUGGUUUUGGGUAAGAAAUAGACCAAAAUGUUGAAAUGAUUAGAUAUAAACACAUCAUGGGUCCUAUUCAAAGAGUUAUAAGCACAGUGCUAUGCGAUUAUAUCAUAUGUGGAAAGUCUGUGGCAUGGCCAUUACGUUUUCUGUGCAAGGAUGCGCUAAGUCUAGGCGCAAGUGGGUUAUGUAAAAUUGUGCAUCCAAAGCUCAAAUGGACUGGGUCGAGAGCAAUUUAAUUCUAAGGGUCUUCUGCAGUUAUUGCACAGUCUACGUCUUAUUUUAUAGUCCAUUUGUUGUCGAGCACCAGCUAUAUAAACAAAGACGCCACAUUCAUAAGACGUUGGUAGAGUAAAUGGAAUGUAUGCAAUGAAUUAAAAGAAUAGAAAUAUUUACUUGCGUUCUUUUGUGCUUUAAAAGUACAAAACCUCAUUGAAUGUCUGGCUUGUUUCUAGUGACGCUCCUUUUAUACUCGUGGAAAAUGUGGUUCUUGUCAGGACUUGAAUGUUGGCUCCGUUAAAGAAUUGAGAAUUGAAGUAUUGUGGUAAGAAGUGGUAAUUCUUUCCCUUCAAAAUACAAACAUUUUUCCCUCUCUAACUUCAACUGGCUUCUUCAACAAUAAUAAUAAAUGAAAAAUAAACCAUGACCUCUAGACAGUUUAAAACAAAUCUUAUAAAGUUUUGUUUGAUAAAACGACUACAACAGUGAUUGUCAGGAUCAUAAUUUGAUGUUCCGCUAUAUUUUCAUAGUUUGGACAUGAACUUUACCACCUGAUGGUGGAACCUCCAAACUGCAAAUGCAGGAACUGAAUUUAGAUUUUGCGCUGAAAACAGCUAUGGAGCUGAAUGUUUUUCUCAGGAAAAUAGCAAAUUGCGCUUUGCACCACUUCAUUAACAAUACAGUACACCCACAGUUUGCAUGCAAACACUCGCACCCACACUCACUUGCGCUUUGCGGUACCACAAAAUAUUGUCCUUAGAAUUAGCGCUCUCAGAGCUAUCUUUGUGCUCCGCACAAGAUAGAAAGUCAUGAGUUUAAGGCUGCAUAAGGGAAAGUAAAUGAUAGGAGAAUGGUAUUUUUGGUUGAACUACUCCUUUAAUAGAAUUUAGAACACACUAGAAGUUUGUUCCGUACAUGCCAGUCAGGUGCUGCUAUGUUUUGUGAAAAUGUGCAAUUUUCUGUUUUUAAUGCCAUGAAUGUAAUAAUAUUUUGUGUGCUGUAUUUGUCUUUCUUUUUGGGCGUUAUGUGAUGAUCUUAUUUUCAAAUCUGAAGUUUCUAUUUAAUUUGAUUGUUGAACAUUAAUUUCAAUGAUUUUUAAUUAUGUAUAGUGUAAAAAAAGGACAACUUUUUUUGACCUAUUAAUAAUAAAGGCUGAUGCAUGUUAUUUUAAACAUGUAGAUAACGGAGACUAAACUUUUUCAUGUCCAAUGCAUGUUGUGAGUCCAAGGUUCUUAUGGACAUGGGAAACCUGGAUAUGUCAGGGAAUUGUGAUUUCCAUGCCUGGAAAAGUACUGGAAAUUAAAACUUCAAACAGUCAUUGAACUUUCUUUAGUGAAUAUUAUUUAUUUUAGUUAUGCUAAGCUUUAAAACAUUUCAUCUGGUUAAAAUUGGACUUUGUGAGUCAAUCAGACUGGAUGCUUC